AGGCGAGAAGCUGCUGCUGCCGAGUGCCACCGGCAUUGUCUACCGCAUGUCGACCUUUAGACCUGAUUUGAAGAUAAUUUGUUAACGAAACGUAGAUAAUUUCAGCACGAUCAUCGUCCGUUGGUUCUUCGGAUGCGCUUCUUUCUUCUCUCAAGAGUGACCAUCACGUUGAAAUAUCCCUUUCAGAUCAUUUGUCACUUAGGACAAUUCUAGGUGUUAAGGAGUAUACGCAUACAGUAGCUGAAAAUAGACCCUCGAGGUUUACUUGUUAGCAAUAAGUUCUUAUUAUUUUUGGGGUCUCGAUAAGUUAACAUAUCAUGGUUACACCACUUGGUAAAAUGGUAUCUGAUCGACGCUGGAGUUGAGGGAGGAUGGAUCUCCGUGUGUCGAACAGUGAGGCAAACGAUCGGUUUCCUUUUUAUUUGAAAUUUGAGAUAAAAAAUUGUUAUCUAUUGUUAAAAAGUCGUAGUUAAUGUGGUGGUAAAACGAUUACCCAAUGUGAUUAUGUAAUGAAAGAUACGAUCUGGCUAGUGCUGUAAGGUAUACAAGUAUGCUCAAAGGUGCCAAAAUGACGAUGCAAAGAUGUAUUCUGCUGUUCUCACUAGAUCGGCAUAGGUACAGACUCACACCACAAUCACAACCACGAUGCUAUGUGUUUCUGAGAGUGAUUAAGCAAGAAAACGCUUUUGAUUAUGAGAAUCCCUUUCGAUGAGAGAUUACAAUGGAAAUAUGUAAUAUAUAACCCAGUAGAAUGUGUGAUAUUUAUAUACAAGAAACGACAAAAACAAACCUCAUGGCACCACUCUCACUCCCUCUGAAGAGGAGAUGCGAUUAAUAUUUGUUAUUGUUGUUGUUUUAACAGAAUUAUAGAAUCAAUUAACGCUGAAUUGAAUCAAAAUAAGGCAGGGCCACACUGGCAACUGAAAUGUUUUUAAGUUUUCGACAGAUGCUCUGGUGCAGUCUAUGAAGAAGCCGUACAGUAGUGAGCGGAAAUAGAUCCAAAGUGUGUGCAGCAAUGUGUGAUGCAGCGAAGAUAGUCUUGUUGAACGAAGAGUCUAUCGAGAUACUGGAACGGAGCUGCUCUUCCAUGAUGCUGGAAUACCUUGCGCGAGAAGAGCACACGCAGCAAAAACAUCUGCUGAUGACCAGCGGGGAACUUUCGUCAACAGUUUCCGUUACCUUCGACAGUACUUUAGACGAGGACUAUCUCAAUUCAGAGCUACUGAGCAGGAGAACAACUGUAGAGGGGGCAGAUCAUGCUAUGCUUGAAACCAGUGCAAUCGUAGGGAAUAAACCGUUCAAUCACUCGCGGCGGUACACAUGCCCGAAGUGUGGCAAAGUUUACUCGCAGUCCCGUAACCUUCGACGCCAUUGUCGUUUGGAGUGCGGACAGGAGCCAGCCUACACCUGUGAGAUCUGUAGUAAACGCUUUAAGCGCAACAACCAAUUACAGCGUCACAUUCGAUUGCUCCACCCUUGAUAGACCUGUGUGUCUUUGCAAGGUAGCCUUUUCUGUCUUUUGAAAGUAUAAAAUUCUGGUUCUUUUGCGGCGCCAAUUAUUUGAUAGUGUCUGGUGUUGUUGUAUGCGUCGGCGGGGUAUAGUGAGCCCGGCACGAGAAUCAACCGUUAGACAGUGACUGACAAUGUUUGAUGGGUGUUCGUUCUGGUGCUUUG